UAGGGCGGGUCAUGCCUUCGCCAUCCUAGGAAACGCAAAUUUGCCAGCGGGAGGCCGGGGUGUUAGCUUAGCAGCACGUCAGAACCGAGCUGCGGGGAACUGUCCGUUGCUUUUCAGGGCCGACUAGCGACUGAAACUUCACUCACUGCCAAGAUGUCCGACGAGGAGCAAGAGCAGACCAUAGCUGAGGAUCUGGUGGUAACCAAGUACAAGAUGGGUGGUGACAUCGCCAACCAGGCUCUUCGUCUGGUUGUGGAAACAGCCAAGCCCGGGGUGUCGGUGCUCAGCCUCUGUGAAAAGGGGGAUGCCUACAUCAUGGCUGAGACUGGAAAGGUCUUUAAGAAGGAAAAGGAAAUGAAGAAAGGCAUUGCCUUUCCCACCAGCGUCUCAGUCAAUAACUGUGUUUGCCACUUCUCUCCCCUGAAGAGUGACCCUGACUACGCACUUAAAGAUGGGGAUCUGGUCAAAAUAGAUCUUGGGGUUCAUGUCGAUGGCUUCAUUGCCAAUGUUGCUCACAGCUUUGUGGUAGGAGCCAGUAAGGAGAACCCCAUCACAGGCCGGAAAGCUGAUGUAAUCAAAGCGGCCCAUCUGUGUGCAGAAGCAGCUCUUCGCCUUGUUAAGCCUGGUAACCAGAACAAUCAAGUGACGGAAGCCUGGAACAAGAUCGCUCAGUCGUUCAAAUGCUCACCAAUUGAGGGUAUGCUGUCUCAUCAGCUAAAGCAACAUGUCAUAGAUGGAGAGAAGACCAUCAUUCAGAACCCGUCAGACCAGCAAAGGAAGGACCAUGAGAAGGCAGAGUUUGAGGUACAUGAAGUCUAUGCUGUGGACGUCUUGAUUAGCAGCGGAGAAGGGAAGGCCAGAGAUGGAGGUCUGAGGACCACGAUUUAUAAGAGGGACCCCAGUAAGCAGUACGGCUUGAAGAUGAAAACUUCCCGUACGUUCUUCAGCGAAGUAGAACGACGCUUUGAUGCCAUGCCCUUUACUCUCCGGGCGUUUGAGGAUGAGGCCAAAGCCCGUCUGGGUGUGGUAGAGUGUGCCAAACAUGAAUUGUUACAGCCCUUCAGUGUGCUACAGGAGAAGGAGGGAGAGUGUGUAGCUCAGUUUAAGUUCACAGUGCUGCUGAUGGCAAACGGGCCUCACAGAAUCACCAGCGGACCCUUCGACCCAGAGCUCUACAAGUCAGAGCAUGAAGUUCAGGAUGCAGAGCUAAGGACUUUACUACAGAGCUCUGCAAGCCGUAAAACACAGAAGAAAAAGAAAAAGAAGGCCUCAAAGACAGCAGAAACUGCAACCGGACAGCCAACCGAGGUCACAGAGCACGCAGAAUAAAUAAAUACUGCCUUUUCACACAUGCAAGACCCCAAAGAGAAGCAAGAGAAAACAUGACAAAUUGCCCCAAACUCUGCCCAUAAUACACCUAAUGGUGAUUUCAUUAAUAAAACUGAUGAAUUUUAGAUCCUACAUGGAUGCUUAUCACUUUACUGCAUUUAUUGAAAGUACCAUGUUGCUUUUUCUUCCCUAACUUGGGAGUAGAAUAAUAAUCACAAAUAGUUUUAUCUUUAAAAACACUUGUUGCCAAAUGGUACUUGCGCGACUAAUGUCUGUGUUUUUUUAACUCUUUUGGUCCUUCAUAUUUGUAUUAUUUGCAGCUGAACAUUUCCUUUCAAGUAAAACUGAAGCUUAAAGUGGGGAUUAUUGGGAGUGAAUGGCUCUGUGUUUUUGACAUCCAACUGCGGAUGAAGGAUUAUUGGAUGAUACCAACCGAAACGUGGAUCACUUUGGUAGACUCGGUAUUCCUUUCUCUAAGGCAUCAUGUAUCUGAGGCCAUCAUGGAUUCUCCUGUUUGAAUGAGAUGGUUUGACUGAAUUGUCACGGGUUGUUUCCCUUUGGCAACAAAGUUACAAGUUAUCUAAACUUGUUUAUAUUUAAACAAAGAUUUAUAGUAAAAUUAAUAUUUAGUUAUUUUAUUGAAAGGUUUAUUAGCACUUUGUCACCUCUUAAGUGUGAGAAUCAAGUGAUGAGUUCAGUCAUCCAGUGCAUUAUGAAAAAAAAAAUUACCUUUUAGCUACACUAUGCAGUAAAGGGUUACAUUAUAAAUUUGAAUAGACAAAACAAAAUGGAUAAUAAAUGAUGGUAACUACAAGGACUGUAAUAUAAAAGAUGUUUUUUGCAUCAGAGCUAACAUAGUGAGGAUUUGUGUUUUUCAUUUCCAUCAAGGCCUGACCACAUCUUUGGCUGAAACUACAAUGUUUUAACCGCUAGAUUCUUAAAGCAUAAACCUGAGCAAAAGAAUUUUUUCAAGUAUACAAGCAAACAAAACCCAGCUGUAAUCAGCUUGACUUUAGGGAACAAAACUGCUACAUUUACUGCCAUUCCCCUUGAAUUUUAUGAAAAGAUAGAAAUCUAUACGUUCCACUUUUGAAAAACUUUUCUAUUAGUGACACAUGUUACUGGCUUUACUAGGACAAUAGUCAUGUGAGGCCUGAAAACUAAAGCUGGCCAAGCUUUAAAAAAAAGGUUUUUGGGGUGUCUUCAGUGAAAUUGGACAAGUAAGAGAUCAUUUAAGGACUGAGUUUCAUUUUUAAGGUCUGGGUCACAUUUGUCAACAGUUGAAUAUGUUGAUGAGCGUAAAAUCCUGCUUUGUAGCUCAUCUGUGGGCAAUGGAACUUUACAUCUAAUUAAUAAAAAAAUGUCAUACA